CAAAAAACAAACCGUCAUUUAAGAAGGUGCAUAAGGGUAGAGGGUGGAGUGCAACAGCAAAUGAUCCAGCAGUGUGCUCUGUGUCGACUGGGACUAAAAGGGCAAAAAUGACGAAAUAAAGAAACAGUAGAUGACCAUCUGGAAUUUCUGGGCGUGGAAAUCAUUAACACUGAAAGACUGUUUGGAUGAAGAAGAGAAAACAUCAGUGGUCUCACUUUGAAGAAUGGAGGAUCUCAACAUCCCUGACCACUUAGAAAAUGUGAGCUACAGUUUUUCUAACAUAACAGAUGACUAUGAUGAUGAGGAGGAUACUUUUCUUCAUAUCCUGACCAUAGUGACAUGGAUCAUCAUCAGCAUCAGUCUUCCUCUGACUCUAAUGGCCUUGUAUUUGACGGUGCGAGAUAAACAUGUGCUGAUCUACAUCAUCAAUCUCCUCAUUUCUGGAGUCAUUCAGCUCUGCUGCCUGAUUGCUAUAAUGGCAGAUCUUGGAGAAGAGGUGAUCAUUAUCCCCUUUUAUAUUUACUGGUAUGCUGAGAUUGCCAGUAUCAACUUCAUGGUGUGUGUUGCUUUUGAACGAUAUUUAGCCAUCGCCCGCCCAAUGUGGUACCACUUCAGCCGAUCCGUCAAGAUUUAUGUGGUGGUUUGUAUUGUGGUCUGGCUCCUUCCUAUUGUCUAUCUAGUUGUUCUUGUUUUUGCUGCUAACCCACAGAUAGAUGAUAUAUCAUUUGGCAUUAUUCACCUUCUUCCCUUUCCCUUUUUUCUUUUUUUCCUGGUUGGGGCAGUUCGAGCCCUAUCUGCAGCCAUCCACCUCAACUCUGUUGAAAAACGACGAAUCAUUGGAACAUUGGUGCUGCCCAUUCUUACUUACUCACUGCUGUUCAUUCCCUUUAUUAUUAGGCUUCUGGGAAAGGAAAUAAGAAAAAACAUGACAUUAACCUUGGUCACUUUUAUAUUUCUUUUUUUGAGUCCACUUGCAAAUGUCAUUCUAUAUGUUUUCAUCAGGAAAGGGUUUAUGGACAAAGUGUUGAUGUCUCUCUGUUGUAAAAUGGACAAGAAUGAGAACAGCACAUUAGGAACAUCUUUAAAUGAGGCAGCAGAGGGACAGUUGGCUCCAAAAGACUAAAACCACAGCAGAAAAGGAUAGACCAAAAGAGAAUAACUUUCCUCUAAACCUGACACUAAAGAGUCACCUGACAGUACCAAGAGACAUGGAUCCAAAGCCUUUUUUAAUCAUUUUUCUGGGAGUGGUCAAUACUAAACAUAUCUCCAGGUUACGUUAUAAUACAUGGUGUAUAUGUAUACAUGCAAUGAACAUGAUGUGUUUUGCACUCAUUUGACUUGGAAUGUACAACUUUAACAAAAAAAUUUUUUUGUGCAAAUUUUGAUAUGAUUCCUUGACUUGGAUUUCCUCCUCAGAUUAGGGUUAAAUCACUGACAUGACAAGGGAUGGUAAUCAAGAACAGAUUCUUUUUGAGAACUGGUUUCCAGUAGUUCAAUUCUUUGGAGUCAUUUGCCUGCCUGCUAAAGGAUUCUGUGUAUCGAUUCCGAGAAUCGAUAAGAGAAUCGAUAAGGAAUUGGAUUGAUAAGCAACAUCGAUAAUGGAAUCGGGAUAAUUAAAUUUUUAUCGAUUCCCAUCCUUAAUUGCUGUGCCCUGAUUCUCUGCUUCAUGAAAGAAAAGACAUUUGCCUUCUGCUGGAUAAAAGGUAAAAUAAAAAAAGGUUCACAAGCUUUAUCUCUGAAGAGAACUUCUGUCUCUGCAUUUGAUCUAUUCUACUACACACAAUAUACAGUCAUAGAAAAAAUGAUUAGACCACCCCUUCAAUUUCUUGGUAAGUUUAAUGCCUGGUACAACUAAAGGUACAUUUGUUUGGACAUAUAAAAUGAUAACAACAAGCUGAUAUCUAUUUUUCCAUGUUUUCUUGAUAAUAACCAAAAUGUCUUCAGUUCUUACAUCAAUAGCUACGGCACUGUACUGCCAAAAACUCUGAUUAGACCACCCCACCACCACCUUUUAGACAUUCCAUGU